AUGUGCUCAAUAAUAAAAUAUUUAAAUAUUAUUCAAUCUGAAAAUACUAUCUUAACUUAUUCAUUAUUAUUAUUAUCAUUCAUUGUUAUCGAAAUUCAAUCGGCAUCACUAUCAAAUAAUAUGACUGUUAAACAAUUAAUUCAUAAUACGAACGAUGAACACUAUAGUCCGUUAGAAACGGUCGUAAAAGCAGCUCGUCUAAACAGAAUUCAUACGCCUACUUCAUCGUGUGGUGGAUCACAUUAUGACGAUGAAGAAGAAAAUAUUGUUGUAUCAAGAUUUCGACGACAUAAUCAUGCAAUACCAGCAAAUGAACCAUCAGAAACAAAUUUCAAUGAUGCACUACGUUUAGUCAAACAAGCUAUACCAGACGGUGUUGUAAAUCAUUUUAGAGGAGGUGAAAAUUCUGGUGUUACAUCGGUUCGUGCUAGUAGAAAUCAACUAGAUUCGUUUACAAGAUUGUUAUUACAGCGUUUAAGAAUCAAGAGUCCACCAAAUGUAUCGGCUUAUAAUGGUAAAUCAUCGAUACCUGAUGUGAUGAUAAAACAAUUAGAAUUUCAACAAACAAAUCCAUUACUACAAAAAGAUGCUAAUCCUAGUUUUGUGGAAGAUUUAACGAAGUAUGAACGUAUUCUAAUACCAGGCCAACAAUUUUUUAAUCAUUCAUGUGAAAAACGAUUGCGAGAACAUGGUUUUCCAACGAAUGAUAUUGAAUGUUAUCAAUUUUUGAAACAAAAACAAAAAAAUGCACCAUUACCAAGAGACCAAGAGAUUAACGCCAUAAAAUUAUACAUAAAAAGUGGUUAUUUUCAUAAUCCAAAUAAAAAAUUAACACCAGACAUGUUUAAAAUAUACAAAAUAUUUCGUCCUGUACCAAAUGAAUCAGUAGCUUAUAGCGAAAAAUUAAUAAGUUCAUUAGGAAAAAUAAAAAGUUCAAGAAUUAUUAUAUCAGAUGUGAAACGAGUUAAAGACUGGUAUGAAUUAACAUUUAGCAAACCGAAUUUGAAAUCUAUUUAUGAUAGUCUAAUAUAUUUGCCCUCUGGUAUUGCCAUAAGUAAAGAUUUAUCAUUAAUACCACACGGAUAUCCAUUAUAUUCACCCUAUUCUGAUGAUUAUAUAAGUAACAAUAGAAUUAAUAGUGAUCAUGAAAAACAACAAGAUCCUGCUGAUGCUGAAGAAAAGCAUUAUAGUCCUUAUUUAUAUGUGGAAUAUGGUGAAAAAACGGACAAAUCUCAAUCUCGUAUACGACGUUCAUCAGUAAAUCAACCCACAUGUUCAUCAUCAAGUCCAUGUUGUCGCCGUUCAUUAACAUUAGAUUUUAGUAAUUCACGUUCAUUGAAUUUUAUCAUUCAUCCUCGAGUGUUAGAUAUUGGUGAAUGUGUUGGACUAUGUAAUUCAACAUCAAUAAAAACGUCGCAUAUGAAAAAUUCACCACAACAAAAUUUAUUAGCAUUAAGUGAAACACAUGCCGGUGUGAAUCAUCAAUGUUGCUCGUAUGCGAGAACAGGUGGUCUCGAAUUAUUAUAUGCAACAGAAGAUAAAUCGAUUGUUAGACAAUUUAUACCAAAUAUGAUCGUUGAAACGUGUCGAUGUUUAUUACCAGCAAUAAUUUCACAAGUUUGA